AUGGGCCUCAAUUGGUAUGAACCAACAAUCUCGGGUAUUGGAUCGACAUCUUCUGACUCUAGGCCUGUUUCUACAGAUUCCAAGGUUGCAGAGAAGAUUGCAUUUGAUAUAAAGAUUGAGAAAUUCGAUGAAACGGCAAAGAUCAAGAUCAUAAAGGAGGUUAGGACUUUCACUGACUUGGAACUGAAGGAGGCUAAAGAAUUAGUGGAGAAAGUCCAUGUUGUGGUGAAGAAAGGGUUAAAAAAGGAAGAAGCAGGGCCUAUUGUCGACAAGCUAAAGGAAUUGGGUGCUACUGUCGUAUUGGAGUAA